AUUUAUUCCCUCAAAAUAUUUCGUAUUAUGUUAACGGUAUUGAGUUGGUGGUAAUACUGCGUAGUGGUAGCUUCUUAAUAGACCCAAGCACAAUCGGUAGUGAGUGUGUUUCUAGUGUGAAGUAUUAUUGGACUUUUCUUCAUAAUUCUGAAGUUACCAUAAUGUUUUUGUCAAACGAUGUAGUUUUAAGAUUGUGAAAACAGAAUGAUUAUUUUAUAGUACCAGCUUAGUGGGUGUUAGUAAGAAUUUAUUAACCAUGGGUGAUGUUAAGGUUAAUGAAGAUACCGCUUCUGUAGAAAAUAAUGAUGCACCGGUAGAAAAUGGCACAAACAAUCCAGAAGUACAAAAUGAAAAAGAAAACAAAGAAGUAGCUGAAACUGAAAAAGUUGAGAAAGAACCAAAAGCAUCUGAAAAUUCUUCUACAAAAAUGGAAGUUGAUGAAGACGACAGUAAAUUGUCUUCUGAAGAUAAGGAAGCAGAGGAAGUACCUUUGAAAGAAAUCCCUCCUGUUUCGAAAAGGAAAUCUCGGUCGUCUAGAUCAUCUUCAUCUAAUUCAUUACCUCCCAACGCUUCUUCCCCCAAGCAAAUGGAAACUGAAGACAGCAAAGAUGUCUCAUCAAAGCCUAAAGAUAAUGAACAACCCGAGAAUGCAAAGGUUAAUAAUAAGAGUGACGAUGAGGCGGAUUUUUUCGGAUUUGACCCUCCUACAGACAAUGACAAGUGUACUGUCCUCAUCAAAGCGUUGAAUCGAUUUGUUGAAUCGUUGAAUCGAGUUGAAGAGUCGGAUGAUUUUAUGGGCUUCGAUACUGACACAUCUGACAUCCAUUCGAAAAGUAAUGAUGUAGAUUCAAUAGACUCACACGCAGAUGUCACUAUGAAUGAAACUGAGUAUACUGAAGGACUAAUGGCCCCUCUCAGUGCAAAAAAAACACCAAGGUCUGUUAAAAAAAGUGUCAACGUUGACCUAUCCAAUCCUGAAUUCAAGAAACCAUUUGAAUAUGGUUGGGUUAGGGAGUUGGUCUACAGAAGUACCUCAGACAGCAAUAUAAGGAGAAAUGCUGACAUCUAUUAUUAUACCCCAACUGGAAAAAAAGUUCGGUCUUCAAGAGAAAUUCUGGAGUUUUUAACUGGAAGUGAUUUAACACUCGAUAAUUUCACCUUCUUCAAAGAGCCUAUCGGUCUAAAUAAUCCAGCAAAGGAAAUAAUCCGAGAGGCUAAAGCGAAACCUGGACCGCGGGGAAUUGAGGAUGGCACUCCACCUGUAAAGAAGUUGACACCAAAAGUUAAAUUGACGACUCCCUCUACUCCUUCAAAUACAUCCAAAUUUUCUUCAACUAAAGAAAAUGCAAAAGCAAGUUUAACACCUAAAGUAGUGUUUAAGGGUAACGCUGCGAAGAACAGGAUAAAUUCAGGGAAAAAUAAACUUGACAAAAAGAGAAAAUCCGCUGGACCUGAUGAUGUUGAUAUUAUAAUGGAAAGCGCCGAAUGGAGUCCAGAUCAAAAAAUUAACCCAACCAGAGAUGUCUGCUCUAUCGAGUGCCGCCUCGCCAUGGGCCUGAUACCAACUCUCCAGUGCCACAAAUGCCUCUGUCUUUACCACCCUGAAUGCGUUGGACUUCAGAAGGAAAAGUUGAAACCGAACCACUCCUACGCUUGCAAAAACUGUCAAGUAAUGAAAAGCCCGCCUCCGCCAACUCUGCCACCUCCUGUUUCUCUGCCACCCAUCGUGUCUCUCCCACCACCGCCACCUCUCACUCCUAUUGUUCCUGUGUCGAGGGGAAGCAAUAAAACUACCAUAGUAACAUGUUCUGGACCACCUGUUUCUUCGGUGACAUCUCAAUCUACUACUGUCAAUAGUAGAAGUGGAGGAAUAGUUGGUGCUGUAACUACAUGGUUGGCACCGUCGUCGUCUAUACAAGGUGCGCCACAGGAACAUCCGAUGACCUCAACAGAUACCCCACAGGGGCUUGUCAGCUUAAAUGGAAGACCAUUCCUGUUUAUACCUAAGCAUAAUGUUGUGAAUGUGGUGAACAGUCAGCAAUCGAGUAUCGAGGGCGGUGAAGUGUCCAACCCGCCUAGCCUAUUCCUAGUUCCCUGCGAUCCUCCUCCGAAGCAGUUGGGCGCUAAAUGCGGAGACCCAGCGCCCACUCAGCUGACGAACGGCGUUAAAAGACCUUUAGACUCUCCCGAGGAUGAUUCGUUGCCUCCCCCUGAGAAAAAGCAAAAGCAGAGCAGGAAACAAGGUUCCCAGUCUCCCGAUUGUGUUUCAUCUCAUUCGGCCAAAGAUGAUGGUCCUAAUUUCAUGCAAAACUUAAACGCAGGUUUUAUCGGCUUGUUACAUACUUUCCAGUACCUAAAAGUCUACGAGCUCCUGAGGGCUGCUUGUGUUUCUAGGAUGUGGAACUUUGUUGCUUCCCAUACUUCGCUGUGGGAAACAGUGAGGAUGAAGAACUCGAAGGUGCGUGACUGGAAUGGUUUCGGGCGUACUUUAUUGAAACAUGGGACAAGGACUCUGGAUUUGCGGAAGAUGAUCGUCCCAGACACAAUAGAAGAGCAGGCUCACAUGUGGGAAGAACUUAGCCUAGCGGUGAAGAAUGUUAAAAGUUUGACAAAAGUAGACAUGGGCCGUUGUAGCCCCGCUGCCCUCUCUUUGAUGGCGGAAGCAGCGCCUCAGUUGAAGUCUCUUAUCUCCCUUGCCAUCAGGGCUAAUGAGCUUGACUUGGCACCCUUUACAAAGUUAACGAACCUCACAGAACUCAAACUGAAGGCUGCCCAGAAUGGUAUCGAAAUUAAAAACUUCGAAUGCCUGAAGGAACUAAAAAAUCUAACUUCACUGGCACUGACGACAGUAAAGAACCUCGAUGGCAUUGAGGAAUACCUACCUACUGGACUGGUAUCGCUAGAGCUGGGCGAGUGCAGCACCCUGUCUCCCGAAAUGGCGACGCAGACCCUACCUAAGUUGACCAACCUGGUUAGGCUGAGGUUGGAAAAGGGCCAGAACGACUGCCCAACUAUAGCCCUCCUCAACGCUAUCGCUGGCCUGCCCAAUCUUGUACAGCUUGAGCUGAUUAACUUUGAUGUUAAGCCUGGCUUCGAUAAGGCAUUGGCGAAAUGUACAAACAUACAAACGCUCCUUAUCAUCCCUACCUACGUAACCCAGUCAGCAACUACAAACCAUGUAGUUAUGGGUGGCGUGGCCAAGUUAAGCCACUCGCUGAAUUAUUUUAUCUGGGGGCUUACAUUGGAGCUCCUCAAAGUUACAGAUCUUUUUAUAGGACAAGUCGAAAACCAAAAAGGAAACAAACCAAUAGUACCGAAGAAGGGGAGUGGAGACAGCAUCCCCAUUUUGAAGCCUGCGACCGACGGAGAACCAAAGGAGGGAGGUCAGCCUUCGCAAGUCGAUAUACUUGCACUUCCCAAUCUUCAGAGGGUACUCACAACUCUUCUACCGCAAACAAAAAUAAAGAUACUUAAAGUACCUUUUUCUGCCACAUGGAGACAAACUGUCACAGAUGCAUAGGAUGAAACGAAGGACUCAAUAAUGUGGCAUUAGAACUAUUUUUUUGAAAUUAGAAUUAUUUUCCAAACACGUGACAAAAAACAAAAAAAAAAAUGAAAUAGAAAAAAAGUGAAACUGCAUGUUAAGCGAGAGAAUAUUGUCGGUUGUUCAAGAUAGCAAUGUUUUACAUUUUUAAUAAUUUUUUUUUAAUCGCGUAAUUCUGUUAGGUGGUCUAUUUUGUUUUCAUUUUUCAAAUCUAGCAUGUAUUUAUAAUUUUACUAUAAUUUUUUUUUUUUUUGUAAUGAUGCUGCAAAUGUGAUGUCUCAGAUCCCAUUAAAAUCAGUUUUAUCAAACUGUUCUAUUUUUUAAUGAUUCAAUAAACAAAUUGUGUAUUUUAUGUGUAUAAACUGAUAAAUAUUGCAUGCGGAAUUUUUCUCGAUGAAGAUUGGGGGGGGGGGGAGUACCGGGAAAAGAAGGAACUAUGUGAUGAAUGUGACAUGUGAACAUUUUUAUUAAAUUUGUAAAAAUUUUAGUCUGGACAUAGGCCUUUUUUCUUUUUACGGCGGGGAGAAAUUCUUUUCUCUUUAAUGUUUCUUUUUAUUAAGUACUUUGUAAUUAAUAUAUUUUGUUUCUUGAAAUUAUAUUUAUAUAUAAAUAGACAGUGAGAGUAUAAAGUAUCCAUAAUAACACUAAUAUUGUUUCCUAUCAUUGUUUUUAAGUUAAAUCUUCCAGAUUCAGUUUUAGUUGGAUAAUUGUAAAAGUAGUUUAUAUUUGAUUGUGUAUAAUUUUUAAUAAUAAUAAUAAUAAAAAAAAAGAACAAAAGAAGGUGAUGAUUUAUUUAGCUAUCUAAAUACCCUCUGGAAAAAGAAACGUAGAAGAGUAAAUUUAUUUCUAUGUAUGUUGUUGUGACACUAGUAACAUUUUAAAUGCAAUAAUAACUGGGUAUGUAUAUUAUUAUAUUUAUAUAUAUUUAUAUAUAUGAAUAUAUUUUCAAUUUUUGUAUAUGACUGGUCUAUUUAUGAAUAUAUUUAGAUAAUAGUCUUGUAAUGUAUAAUGUUAAUAAAGUUUUUACUUAAAAAUGAAUAUGAAGUAAUUAUGGAAG